UUUUUCUUUGUGAAAGUGAAUGCGAUAGCAAUACUUGAGGAUAUAGGGGAAAGUGCGAAAAAAGAGGCAAGUACGAUAUGUUAUCGAAUUUCAACGUUAGAAAGUUGAACAAAACACACCUGAUAUACACUGGCUCCGUAGACUCCAUCGUCGAUGUGGACGAUAAUCUAAAAGUGCAUGGCAUAACUGCUAUGAAGGGAUCGAAUGGACGUUACAGCACACUCAUUGAUAUAAAAUUGAAGGCUUGUGACGUGGCCACAAUAUUUUUCAAGGACGUUGUUCUCUCGGCCGCUCAUUACUGCAAUAUAUCAUUCGUAUGUCCCAGAGAAAGGGUUCAAUGUCAUUUCAAGGAUUUAAUUUUCAAUUUGAAACUGAACAAUAUGCCAGGUAUACCGUAUGGUGACUAUUGGGUGGAAUUCACAGCACUCAGAACAUUACCUUAUGCUCUUGAGGAGAGAAUAGCAUGUAUUAGAAUGUAUGGAGCGGUAAAGAAGCAAAGUUCUCUACCCUAGACGAACAAAAAAAGAAGAGUUUAUCAUAUAAUACAUAUAAUUCCUAAUGAGAAUCAUUUGAUGAAAUUGGCAAUAAAUUCAUUCUUGUUUUCUGGGUGAAAA